AUGAACAGAUAUCACGUCGAUGAAGUCAGGUAUACUAAGCGUCAAUAUUCUCAACAGGCUGGACAACACCUGAUCGAGAAUCCCAGUCAUCAUAGCACAACAUUUAUGAAUAUUUUUCAUGAAUUUCUAUGGAUCAAAAUGCAUCUAUUCACCAACUCGAAUUUCAUCAAUCAUUUUGUCUAUUUUCUGUGGUUAUGGUCAAUUGGAGUACGUGUUAAUGAAUAUGUGGGGCUGAAACAGCAGCAUAUGAAGACAAGUGGAAUGAUUGAUGUAUUAGUGAUGAGUGGAAUAUCGAUUGGAGUAGUGUUGUUGGUGACUGUCACUAACCAUGACUACUCAUCAAGACGAUAUAGAUUGAUUGAGAAUGAAUCGAUUUAUUGGAUAUCUUUAUCUAUUGAUCGAAUCUCGAAUACAGCUUUAAUCACAGAUUUUAAACGCUUUCUAAUCAGUUCUACUCUCCUGAGAUGGUUGAUCACAGUGACGCAUUAUUGCGUAAUCCAGAGGAAAUGCCUAACCCAAGAUUAUGCAACAUUGAUAUGCAUUAAUGAAGUACUCAUGUAUACGCCUUCUGUGAUCGAUACAUUUUGUUUCAUCGUGUUCACCUAUUGGAUAGAAGACUACAGCAAUGCUGCUGGUUUUAUGCCAUCACAGCCAAUCAGGUCAAAUAUUAUAUCCAGGGUGUCGUCAGCCAGUGAUAGAUCGGACGGUGGGAUUCGAGUUAGAAGUGCUGGUGACUCAAACGGAGACAGAUAA